CGAAGGGCGGAUGUUUUGGUUUGUCGCCGUUUAAAACGAAACGAAGUCAGACGCUGGUUCGCGUCGGUGAAAGCUAAGUAGGAACUGGUGAGGAGGGAUCCGUUCCGGUUCGCAGCCGAUGUACCGGAAGAGUGCAUACCUCCACCUCUCCAGGCUCUCCUCAACCUGCACCCUACUCUCACUACAGAUCACAAUGUCAACCCCAAACAUCAUCGUCCAUGGAGACUCCUGCCUGAUCUUGUCCGUCGACCUGUCCAUCACCAUUGCAAACAAGAAAGGGCUCAGAGCCGAUCCUUGAUUGAAGCCUCUGGCCGGCAGCCAUGGAGGCGAGGGAGGAGGAGUGGGGUGUGGAGGAGCUGCUGGAGAGGCUGUUGAAGGGCGAAGGGUCAGAGGUCACCCUGUUGGACGUAGCUCCAGAGCAGGUCAAACCAGUGGUUCUGAGGAAGACUGCGUCCUAUAUUGUCUGUGCCGUCAUCUUCAAUGACAAGGAAGAGGUGGUCAUGGUGCAAGAGGCCAAACCAGAGUGCUAUAAGCAGUGGUAUCUCCCUGCAGGCAGGAUGGAGGAAGGGGAGAGCAUUGAAGAGGCCCUGAAGAGGGAGGUGAAAGAGGAGGCGGGCCUCGAAUGCCAGCCAAUCACGUUGCUGCUGGUCCAGGAGCAGGGGCCACAGUGGAUCCGCUUCAUCUUCCUAGCCAGGGUCACAGGUGGUAGUCUAAAGACUCUCGCUCAGUCGGACCAGGAGUCUCUUCAGGCGUGCUGGUGGGACAGACAGUCUCCUCUUCCUCUGAGAGGACAUGACAUCAUCAGACUCAUCCAAUCAGGAUUCAGGUACCGGCAGGCUCCCAGUCAUCCCGUCACCCUGCCUGUCCACAUCUCCGUCGACCACGUGGUCCAGAGACUCAUCCUGACCUUUACAAACUCUGACAACCAGCUGUGGAUUCUGCUGGCUAAAGCUCCGGUCCCCCACCUGCCCUGUGCUGUGGCAUUGAAGACACAUGCUGUGACCUGGGCAGCCAACAUGGUGGUCCAGGAGGCGAUUCCUUCCUGCUACUAUGACCACGAUGUCAACACGCUGGGCAUCGUCAGUCUGCAGCACGCCGGACCGCAUCCUGGGAAACGCCACGGCGUCUGCUUCAACACCCUGGUGGCUCUGGUGCCCGACCGGGUCCAGCGAGACGAGGAUGGGCUCGCGGUGGACUCGGUUACAACUGGCCAGCCUCCAGCGGUGGAGAACCCCCGGUACUGCUGGUACAAAGUCCAGAGGCCAACGCUGAUAGAGGUGAUUCAAGAAAAGAUAAAGAACUCCUCCAUCCUCCCCAUUCACAGCCUCUACUGACCAGCCAGGAAGUGGUGUUGGUGUACUAUUGGUGUACCGUUGAUGUACUGUUGGAUCAGGGGAGAGGACUGUCACUGUGAUUUGACAGUGUGUCUAGACCAGCUGACUUCAUCUGGAGGAGGGUGGCGAGGCCUGGACAUGUGUGCUGCUUUGUAGGAAGACAACCUCCUGCGAAGAGAAAAUACAGUAAAUGCACAUUGUGAGAGGAAAAGCAGAUGGUUUUAAUUUCGUUUUCACAUGAACACUCUAUUAGUCAAACUAUCUGUAUGCUUUAAUGUAUGAACUACUAGACAAAGUAUUUAAACUAUUUAUACUCACGAGUACGAAUUUAAGGUCAGUUGUCCAUAAGUCAGAAACUGAAAAAUGAAAAUAAUUAUAGUUAAUAUCUAGACUAACAGUAUAACGAGAAACAUUAACUAGUUGACCUGACCAGUAACAGUGUGAACAGGAGUUCAAGAAGAAGCAGAAGAAUCCCUCUUUACAUUAAA